UUCCAGUUUGUAAUGUCGCGUAAAGUAUUUCUUGAAAUCAAGAUUGGAGAUGUCGAAAAAUAUGAUGAUGCUUCAAGACGAUACUCGAAAGCCAAAGCCUGGGUUAAACAGUGGAGUUCAACUUAUGGCUUUGUGUCUGAUGAGCUUGACCAAUUGACAUUAGAAGAUAAAGAAACUGCAAAAGAUAUUCUCGCAAGUGACCCUACAGCGACGAGCGAAAAAUGGCUUAUUGAUGCGCCUGAGCCAUUAAAGGGGGGUAGAAUCGAAAUUGAAUUAUUUGAUAAAGAGUGUCCCAAGACGUGUGAAAACUUUGUCGCCCUAUGCCAAGGGGGCAAAGUGGGCAAGAGUUCCAAGAAACCGCUUUAUUACAAAAACACUCGCAUGUUUCGUUUAGUUUCUGAUUUUAUAGUGCAGGGUGGAGAUGUUACAAGAGGUGACGGAUCAGGCGGUGAUAGUAUUUACAAUGGAAAGUUUAAUGAUGAGAAGCCUGGGCUUGCCAAGAAGUUUAAUCAAAAGGGACUAGUUGCCAUGGCAAAUUCAGGUAAAAACUCUAAUACCUCACAGUUCUUCAUUACCCUUGGAGAUAAGCACCCUCAAUUUGAUAAAAUCAAUGGCAAAUACGUAAUUUUUGGACAAGUCACUCAAGGACAACAAGUGCUGGAUCAAAUAAACGCAGUGUCUGUAUCAAAUGAACAACCACUCGAAAUAAUCACGAUAACAAACUGUGGGCAAAUUGUAGGAUAAUAAAGUUUAAUACAAAAUGUCGGUUUAAAAUUUACUCCUGGGAUCUAAGACGAGCACCAGCGUUGAUAACCUUGACGUUAAGUUGAGCAGCACGUUCGAGAAUGGCAACACGCUUCUUGGAAGAGACGUUGUGAGCAAUUUCGGCAGCAUAAGUGCGGUUGUGCAUCAACAAAAGGUUGAGUUCACGGACGUUAGAAACGGUGAACUUGCGGAAACCGUUAGGCAAGAGGUGACGGGUCUUCUUGGCAGAACCAUAACCGAUCUUGGGCAUAGGAGCUGUACCCUUGAAACGUCUACGCAUGGCGUUAUCAAUACCCUUGGGCUUUCUCCAAGAUUCCUAAAAAAA